AGCAACACCAUGUCGCUCUCAGUGCGCGCCUCAGGACUGUCCCAGCGGCUGUCUUCACAGAAUGGGAUGGCAGGCAGAUCUGGCAGCAUGUCUGCUUCUAUCAUUGGCAGUGGCUAUGGGGGAAGCACCUUCGGCUUUGGCACUGGCUGUGGGGGAGGUUUUUCUUCUGUUUCCAUGUUUGGUUCUACUUCUGGCUUUGGUGGUGGCUCUGGAAGUUCCUUGGCAGGACAGGGCAUUGCUUAUGGGGGACCUCUGGGAUAUAGCUUUGGAGGAGUGGGAAUGGGAAUGGCACUGGGGGGAAGCCCGGGAGGUGUCUGUCUAGGUGUCACCUCUGGCCAUGAUGGAGGUCUUCUUUCUGGAUCAGAAAAAGCAACUAUGCAAAAUCUGAAUGAUAGAUUAGCUUCCUACCUAGAUAAGGUUCGAACUCUAGAAGAAGCUAACACCGAGUUAGAAAACAAAAUUCGAGAAUGGUAUGAAACACGAGGAUCAGGGACUGCAGAUUCUGGGCCACAGACUGAUUACAGUAAAUACUACCCACUGAUUGAAGACCUCAGGAAUAAGAUCAUUUCUGCCAGUGUUGGAAAUGCCCAGCUCAUCCUGCAGAUUGACAAUGCCAGACUGGCUGCCGAGGACUUCAGGAUGAAGUAUGAGAAUGAGCUGGCCCUGCACCAGACUGUGGAGGCUGACAUCAACGGCCUUCGCCGGGUGCUAGACGAUCUGACCCUGGCCAGAGCAGACCUGGAGAUGCAGAUUGAGAACCUGACGGAGGAGAUGGUCUACCUGAAGAAGAACCAUGAGGAG